UACGUGACUACUCCCCCUCUACAUCGUACGUGCGCGCACCCCUCUAUCGCGUGGUGGGGAUCAUCCAUAUUGCUGCUGGUAGUGGAGAUAAGGUUAUAAUCCUGAGGCCCUCGGACACGUUUCUUUAUUUUUAUACAUGUUUUAAUCCAGUGCUGACUUCUCUGCUUCUUAGACUGAAGCUCUUUUGGUCUAGGAGCGACAGAGGAGCGGCAGACUCCGCGGAACAACUUCACAUUUCCUUGAAAUUGAAGGCGACUUCGGGCCGGGGGGAGGACUGGUAAUCCUGAGGGGGGAAGAAAGACGGCGGUGGGAAAUGGCCACUCAGGUGGAGGCUCUCCUGCCCGGCAACCCGCUUGCCAAAGCGGAGGAGCACGGUAAAGUGAUCCGAGGUGAGCCGGAGGUAGAGGAGGGCGGCCGGGGCGACAUGGCUAAGCGGCAGACGGGUGUCGCCGACCAGGGCAGCAGCAGCGGCGGCAGCAGCCCCGGGGAAGGAGGCACCCCCGGUACGGAGGAGCAGACCUCCAAACAGGCGACCGAGGAGAGCAAAGGGGGCUGUGACAGCGAAGACAAGCAAAACGAGGAGGGUGUUAAGAGCGGCAGCAGAAAGGAGUUUACUGAAGCUCCCCCGCCCAAGGUGAACCCGUGGACUAGGAAAAUGAAUGCGGUGACCGUGGUCAGCGUGAAUGGGCAAGCACACCACGAGUCGACCGGCCCCGCCAAGGUGGUGAGAGCAGGGAACCCACCCAAAGCCAGACGCGGAGGAAAGGUUGGAGAUUUUGGUGACGCAAACAGCUGGCCAACUCCAGGGGAGAUCGCAACUAAAGACAUGCAGAUCGAGGCAGUGACACGGACCGUGUCCUGCCCGCCGACUGUCAGGCAGGUCAGAGACUCAUGGAGAUUCACUGCCCCCAAGAGGACGACAGCCAAGAAGGAGUCAAAGGAGAAGAGAGAGAGCAAUGAGGAGAGCAAGGAGAACCUGAAGGCCAAGUCAGACGACUCCGGAGAAGAGAAGAAUGGCGACGACGACUCCCAGAAGAACGGACCGAAGAAAAAAGGAAACAAGCAGAAGUGGGUUCCCCUGAUGAUCGAGGUGAAGUCUGAGGGUCCCAGGGAGCGCUCGGCCUCCAGGAACAACAGCAGACAGAACGAAAACCCACGCCUCCCUCCCAACGCCAGGAACGACCUCAGAGACUGGCACAGUCAGAAGUACGAGCGGGAGUGGCGUGACGAUCACGACGAGGUAUCCAGUGUGAAGAGCGAAGGGGCGCCGUUCCGCGGAGGGUUCAGAGGUCGCGGACGUGGAAGAGGAAGAGGCCGGGGACGAGGCAGAGGUGGAGGGAGAGGCCACUAUGACUACCACUACGGCUACAAGUCCUACGAUAUGAAAGACGGAUCCUACGGCCAGAAGUUCAGCAACUCAGUGACCUACUACUACGACAACAUGAGCAGCAAUGACCUUUACUCCGUUGAUCAAGACCUGCUGAAGGACUACAUCAAGAGGCAGAUUGAGUACUACUUCAGCCUGGACAACCUGGAGCGCGACUUCUUCCUGCGGAGGAAGAUGGAUCAGGAGGGCUUCCUGCCCAUCGGACUCAUCGCCAGUUUCCACCGAGUGCAGGCCCUCACCACGGACAUCAACCUGAUUCUGGAAGCUUUGAAGGACAGUAAGGAAGUGGAGCUGAUCGACAUGAAGAUCCGUCGGAAGGUGGACCCCGAGAAGUGGCCUUUGCCGGGCCUGAGCGUGCCUAACCACACCCACACCGACUUCUCCCAGCUCAUCAACUGCCCUGAGUUCGUCCCAAGACAAAUGAUCGAUGAGCCCAGAGGGUCUCCCAGGGCCUCCACACCAGUGCAACAGACCAAGACUGAACCAGACACCUCCAACCUCAAGACGAUGCCUAAGGGCCUCUCUGCCAGCCUUCCUGACCUGGACUCUGAGUCCUGGAUCGAGGUCAAGAAGAGGCCCAGACCCUCCCCGGCCAGACCCAAGGUCAGCGCAGAGAAGGCCCCCUCGUUGCAGCAGCAGCAGCAGCAGCAGCAGCAGCAGCAGAGGGAGAAGGACGACUCCAUUCGCUCCCCUGUGCCCCAGCCUGGCUCCUCGCCCUCCCCUGCUACCUCAGGAAAUAAGGAUGGAGCAGAGCAGGACGAACCAGAGGAGCUGGACUUCAUGUUCGAUGAGGAGAUGGAGCAGAUGGACGGACGGCGUAACACCUUCACCGACUGGUCGGAUGAGGACUCGGACGGUGAGAUCGACGACCACGACGUCAACAAGAUCCUGAUUGUGACGCAGACGCCGCCCUACCUGCGGAAGCACCCGGGGGGCGACCGCACGGGACACCACACAUCGCGCGCCAAGCUGACCAGCGAGCUGGUCAAGGUGAUCAACGACGGGCUCUUCUACUACGAGCAGGACCUGUGGGACGACACGUACGAGCCCGAGUAUGCCACCAUCAAGCAAGAGGUGGAGAACUUCAAGAAGGUCCACCUGAUCAGCCGCGAACAGUUUGACUGCCUGACCCCCGAACCCCCUGUCGACCCCAACCAGGAAGUCCCCCCGGGCCCCCCGCGGCCCCAGCAGAUUCCCACAGACGCUUUGGCAAACAAACUCUUCGGUGCCCCUGAGCCCUCCUCAACAGCUCGCUCGCUCCCGACUACCGUGCCUGACUCGCCCAACUACCGCAGUGCCCGGACGCCCCGCACGCCUCGCACCCCUCACCGGAAGGAUCCGGCCAUGACGCCGCGCUUCUACCCAGUGGUUAAAGAAAGUCGGCCUGUCGACGCCAAGACGCCUAGGAAGAGGAAGACCCGACACAGCUCCAACCCGCCCAUGGAGUGCCACGUUGGCUGGGUGAUGGACUCCAGAGAGCAUCGCUCACGUACCGCCUCCGUCAGCUCUAACGCCAGCCCAUCAGAGGGCACCCCUGCCCUGGGUAACAUUGGCUGCACGCCUCAGUCCCUCCCCAAGUUCCAGCACCCAUCACACGAGCUGCUUAAGGAGAACGGCUUCACGCAACACGUUUACCACAAGUACCGCCGGCGCUGCCUAAAUGAGCGAAAGCGGCUGGGAAUCGGCCAAUCGCAGGAGAUGAACACACUCUUCCGUUUCUGGUCAUUUUUCCUGCGGGAUCACUUCAACAGGAAGAUGUACGAAGAGUUCAGACAGCUGGUGGUCGAGGACGGUAAAGAAGGAUACAGGUAUGGUUUGGAGUGCCUCUUCAGGUACUACAGCUAUGGUCUAGAGAAGAAGUUUAGGCCAGACAUCUUUAGGGACUUCCAGGAGGAGACUGUCAAAGACUAUGAGGCUGGCCAACUUUAUGGACUGGAGAAGUUCUGGGCCUUCCUUAAAUACUCUAAAGCCAAGACCUUGGAGAUCGAUCCCAAGCUGCAGGACUAUCUGAGCAAGUUUAAACGUCUGGAAGAUUUCAGGAUUGAUCCGCCUAUGGAGGAAGGACGCCGCAGAAGACACUCAUCCAGCGGGGACGGUCGCCGCCGGCACACCUCGCAGCCCUCCAGCCGGCCCCACAGCCAGGCCAGCUCAGGCCCUAGCCCCGCCCCCACUGCCCAGGGCCCCGCAGCCAAGGAUGAUGCCAAACCCACCAGCCAGAAAGUCCCCGCCCCCACUGCUGAGCCUGCGCCAAUUGCCAAGACACUGAAGUAACCCCACAAACACACCGGCACGCACAGAUCAACUCAACCACGUCUGCAAGACGCCGGUUCUCUCUGCGCCACAGGAGGGGGGAGGGGGCGUCCAGCUUUUCAUUCAAGCAUGAGAAUAAUUUUUUUUUCCUAUUACAAUUUUUGAUUGAAAAAAUAAGGAAGAAAUAAAUAAAAUGCUUUAUUCAUUAGUUUUAAGUUUUUGAGGAAAAAUUACCUUUUGCCUCAUUCGAUCUUUUUAAGGCAAAGAAUUUUUUUUUUUAAUUUAUAUUUUAAUUUUAUAUGCCAUUGCCACUCCACGCAGUGGAUGGUUUUAGCGGUGA